AAAAGGUUUGUUCCCACAGAAAAUCACCGACAAGUUAUCGACAGUUCUCAAAUCAAUGUUACCGCGCAUGUCUAUUUCUGAUUGAUCCAGAACCGGUUGUAGGAACAGCUGACAGGUAAAUGAUCUGGAUUGCUGCUCACUUCAGUCACUUCACUUCACAAGCGAGUAUAACCUCAUUUUUUUGAUAGCCACAGCACAGCUGAUAAAAUACGAAAAAAAAAAAUAAAAAUACCAACUUUCAACUUUGUUUAUGUUUGGCCGGACCCUCAAAUUUCGAAAUGAUGUUUGACGAUUUAAAUUUGGGAGAACUAGGUGAGUUCAUCAUAAUUCAGAAUGCAUCAGAAUCGCAAGAGAAAUAUAUCCAUCCUAAGGAGAUGGAAGGAACCUCCUCACUGAUGACCACUCAAUUUAAUUGGUCACAAAACCACACGAAAUUGUUUUUAGACCUCUACAAAAAAUAUAAACCAAAGGUAGGCACCUCCCAAAUAAAAACACUGAAAAAAUUGUGGGAAAUUUUGGCAUUGGAACUCAAUAAAAUUUUAAAAACAAACAUCACUCCAGGGCACUGUGAAAAUAGAUGGAGGGUUUUGGAAAGAGCAUAUAAAAAACAUGUUGAUACGAUGAAUAAGACAGGCCAAGGAAGAAAAUUUUUUGAGUAUACGGACGAGAUGGACGAAAUAUUUAAGGGCAAAAGAAAUGUGAAGCCUACAAUAUUGUUGUCCAGCACAACAGUGGAUGCAAUGCCUCAGGAUGAAGAUGCAGAUGUAGACCAGGAAAUUAUUGAACCUUCAACCUCAAAAACAGCCCUUGAAACACCUGCAAGACAUGAAAACCAAAAUAAAAUAAAAAGGAAAACACCUGUGGUAAAUAGAAAUCUAACCCUAGCCAGCAUGAAAAAAGAUAAGAAAGAAUACUAUGAAGAAAGAUUAAAAAUUGAAAGGGAAAAGAUAGAGCUUCAAAAAGAAAAGUUAAAAGUUAUGAAAGAGAGAAAUAUUUUAUGCAAAGAGAGGAAUGAGAUUUUGAAAAAUCAAAAGUAACGUGCAUAUUAUUAUUUUUUUCAAGAACAGGGUGAUCCGGUAUAGAUAGAGUGAACACCCCCUACCUUUUUGCUAAAUUUUUUUUCUUUUUUGAAAAAAACAAGAUAGUUAUUUGAUUUGGUAUAUUUUGUUUCUAGGAAUUUGAAAACGUUUUUUGAAAUUAAAUUAAAUUAGAUUUUUCGUUAAAGCCCUGUGACCAAAAAAGUUUUUUUUUUUUAAAUGGAAUAACCUAUAUUAUAUUUAAAUCUAUUUUUUAAACGCCCCUAUUAUUCGCAUAUCUGAAUCUUAAGUGGGAAUAUAUCAGAAAUUAGUCAAAUUACUGAAAUAAAGAUAAACAAACUAUAUAUAUUCGAAAUGAGAAAAAAUAAGGGCAUUUAAAAAAUGGAUUUAAGUAUAGGUUCUUCCAUUUUGAAAAAUUACUUUUGUCAUCACAGCGCUUUAACGAAAAAUCUAAAUUUCAAAAAACGUUUUCAAAUUCUUAGAAACAAAAUACACCAAAUGGCUAUCUUGAUUUUUUCAAAAAAAAAAUAAAAAAGUUUAGCAAAAAGGUAGGGGGUGUUCACUUCAUACUGGAUCACCCUGUACAUAGUACUUACCUAAUCACACUUUUUGGGGGUUCUCCUUUCUUUAGGACUAUUAUGAAGUUUUAUUUAUUUUUUUUUUUUUCGAUUUCAUUAAAGGAUUUUAUUUCAUUUAUUUGGUAGAGAAUUUCAGUAGGUAGGUACUUAUUUGUUUUCAGAAAAAUAUUGAUUCUGUUGGGACUAGUUUUAGGAAUAUUAUUUAUUUUUUGUCACAUGAGUUCCUUUAUUAGGUGUAUUAACUAUUACAUAAUUAUUAUGUUUUUUUUUUUAAUUUUCUCAGGAUAUUUAGAAAAAUGUUAAUUUGUUUUAUUACUUAUAGAAUUGACUGAAAAAUGAAGGCUGUUUUUUUUUAGUUUGAAAAAAUAUGUAUAAGUAAACUAAUAAUAACAAUACCUAAGUAAAUAGUUUGUUUUCCUUGCAAAAUUUUACAUCCAGAUACUUUUGAAUAUAAAAGUCCAUUUGAAAGUAAAAAUAUUUGUAAUUCCAUGUUUUAGUAAAAUUUUCUCAGAAUAACAGAUACAUAGAACAGAAUAAUACAGUCAAACCACAAAUUAAUUAUUACCAAGAAUAUUUACAAUAAAAUUUCUUUUUUCAACACCAUUUAAAUCCUGUUCUAAGUCAUUCUCUGGGUCUUCAUCAUUUUCAGGGUUGUUAUUGGCACCUUCAUCAUCUUCCCUAUCAUUUUCGUUAUCUUCUAAAGAUAAAUUGUGUAAAACACAACAAGCUCGUACAAAGUGAACAAUGUUUCUAGUUUUUUUGAGCUUUACAUGGUAUAAUUGACGCCAUUUUUGCUUCAAUAGCCCAUUACAGUGCUCUAUUCUGAUUCUGUUGGAGGAAUGUUCCAUGUUAUAAUUAAUUUGGCGCCGAGUUAAAAGUCCUCUAUCUGGAAAAGGUGUUAGUAAAUUUCUUGAAAGUGGAUAGGCACUGUCCCCCAAUAAAUGAGCAUCUUGGCACUUCUCAGCUAAAGAUUCGCACAAAGGUGAUGUUCGGAAAACUCUAGCAUCAUGAACCGAGCCAGGGUAUCCUAUCAAAACAUCCCUGAUUCGGAGUUUAUGGUCACAAACUAGUUGAGCCUGUAACAAAAAAAUAAUCAUAAAUACCUAUAUGUUAAUAACAAACUACUUUUUUAAGAUGUAAUGAG